CAAAACUCUAACGCGCGCACGCAUGCACGCGCGCCUCUCGCUAACCCACAUAAUAUCCGUCCUCGGCUCACAAUUAAUCGUAGUAGUGUAUUCUGCUGCUUCCGAGACGUACAUACGUGUGUGUGUUUAAAUAACAUUCGAGACUGCACAACGACAGUUUUCAUUUUUUCAUCUCUCGUCUUAACAAUCGAAGUAAUGGCAAAGUUCGCGAUCAAAGCCCUCGUCGUCACCGCACUGGUGUGCCUCGUUUUUGACUUGGCCGCGUCCGAUAACAGUCACCAGCAUCAGCAAAACGAGGACUUGCACCAGCAGACGAUCGGGCACGUCGAAAAGGACACAUUUGCGGAGACCACACCUACGCCUAGCACGUUCAAGGACAAGGUCAAGGGAUUCGUGAGCAGCGUCAAAGAAGGAGCGUCGGAAGCGCUCGACAAACUGGACGACAAACGCAAGGAGGCGGUUGCCGGCACCAAGAAGUUCGUGAACGGCGCCAUCGACAAAAUCAAGCACACGUACGACUCGUACAAGAACGGCAACUCUGAAGAGGACGUGCCCAGGAUUCCGGAAUCGUCGGAAGAGCAUGUCAAAAACGUCGCCGAUAAGGCCAAGGACGCCAAGGACGCUAUUAUCGACAAGACCCAGAACUUCAUGAAAACCGAAAAGUUCAACUGAUGAUCCGUUAUAUACGACACAUCAGCUCUCCAAUCACACUAUACAUACAUUAUAAUUAUAAUAUAUCAUAUUAUCGUACAAUAAUAUUAUUAUUUUUUUAUUACUUUUUUUUCAUGUAUUGAUAACAGUAACAUAUUAUGUUGUGAGCUUCCUCGAGAAUCCGUGACAAUAUGUUUUGUCCGUCGACAGCGCCCAAACUCGCGUUACAAUAAUAUAAUGAUGAUUAGACAUCUAGACAAUAACAUCGUCUUGUAAUUAUAUGUAUAAUUUAUUAUGUGUAACGCGUUCUGUGGUGGACUGUUUUCCAUUUUCACCUGUAUAACUUCCAUUACAUUUAAACGCAUUAUAAUAUUAGUAUGAUAGGCAUAAGCCUUAUUAUUGUUAAUAUUGUCAAUUUAUUAUCAAUAUUAACAUUACUCUUUAUUUUGUGUUAAACGAUACUGAUUAUUACUAUAAACGUCAGAUUUUAUUUAAUUUUGCAUUAUUUUUCAAACAAAUAUAUAUAAGUAUAUGUUUCUAUUU